UGUCAACAUACGUGUCAUCAUCGUCGUCGUCGUCGUCGGUGGUUUGCACUCUCGUUUGCUGCUGCUGCUGCCGUGGUGGAGUUCUCCGGUGGCCAGAGUUUGUGAACAAAACGCAAGUGCACCGGUUCCGGUCACUAUGCUCGAGUGAAAGUGCGGACGUGCAAUUGGAUAUAGUAGCAUUGAAGGGUAUUUCCGGCGAGAAAGGAAGGGGUUUUGUGUGGAUUUACGAUUUGCUCAGGGGGUGUGGGAGGUGAAAAGAAGAAGACAUGAAUCGGGCGACCAAGAUUAACUACCGGAAAACGGCCGGCUACUCCAGCUUGAUUACGUUUGCGGUGCUGGUGCUGGCCUGGCUGUGCGGAUUUUCCAGCCGGUUGUUUGCCGUGAUCCGGUUCGAGAGCAUCAUCCAUGAGUUCGAUCCUUGGUUCAACUACCGCGCGACGGCGCACAUGGUUGAGAAUGGGUUCUACAAGUUCCUGAACUGGUUCGACGAGUCCGCGUGGUACCCGCUGGGGCGUAUCGUCGGCGGCACCGUCUACCCGGGCCUGAUGAUCACCUCCGGUGGAAUCCACUGGCUGCUGCACGCGCUCAACAUCCCGGUGCACAUCCGGGACAUUUGCGUGUUUCUGGCGCCGAUCUUCAGCGGGUUGACGGCCAUCUCGACGUACCUGCUGACGAAGGAGCUGUGGUCGGCGGGGGCGGGGUUGUUCGCGGCCAGUUUUAUCGCGAUCGUGCCUGGUUAUAUUAGUAGAUCGGUGGCUGGGUCCUACGACAACGAGGGAAUUGCGAUCUUUGCGCUGCAGUUUACGUACUAUUUGUGGGUCAAGUCGGUCAAGACCGGAAGCGUGUACUGGGCGGCGUGCGCUGCGUUGUCGUACUUUUACAUGGUUUCCGCUUGGGGAGGCUACGUGUUCAUCAUCAAUCUGAUUCCGCUGCACGUGUUUGUGCUGCUGCUGAUGGGUCGUUACUCGCCGCGAUUGUUUACGUCCUAUACGACGUUCUACAUUCUGGGGUUGAUCCUGUCGAUGCAGAUUCCGUUUGUGGGAUUCCAGCCGAUUCGGACGAGCGAGCACAUGGCGGCGUCGGGCGUGUUUUUGCUGCUGUUUGCCGUGGCCGCGCUGAAGCACUUGCAGACGGUGCUGUCGAAGCAGGAGUUCAAGAAGCUGUUUAUCAUUGGUGGGUUGGCCGCGGCUGGAGUCGUGUUUGCUGGGGUGGUGUUGCUGACGGUGUUGGGCGUGAUUGCGCCGUGGAGUGGCCGGUUCUACUCGCUGUGGGACACCGGUUAUGCCAAGAUCCACAUUCCGAUCAUCGCGUCCGUGUCGGAGCAUCAACCGACGACGUGGUUCUCGUUCUUCUUCGAUCUGCACAUCCUGGUUUGUACGUUCCCCGUUGGUCUCUGGUACUGCAUCAAGAAGAUCAACGACGAGCGCGUGUUUGUGGUGCUGUACGCGAUCAGUGCGGUCUACUUUGCCGGAGUGAUGGUCCGGUUGAUGCUGACGCUGACGCCGGUGGUUUGCAUCCUGGCCGGAGUGGCGUUCUCCGGGCUGUUGGAGGUGUUCCUGAAGGAGGACGCAGCGCCAAACAGCAAAGACGGUAACGACUCCGAGCAGGAGGAAGGUCCGAGCGGCGAAAAGAAGCAGCUGUACGACAAGGCCGGUAAGUUGAAGCACCGUCCGAAGCACGACAGCUCCGCGCACGGAACGCACGGCGAGCAGAACGCCGGAAUGGGAUCGAAUGUGAAGAGUAUCGUGAUUGUGGCGAUCUUGAUGCUGCUGAUGAUGUUUGCCGUGCACUGCACCUGGGUCACCUCGAACGCGUACUCCAGCCCGUCGAUCGUGCUGGCCUUCUACAACAGCAAUGAUGGAACCCGCAAUAUCCUGGACGACUUCCGUGAGGCGUACUACUGGCUCUGGCAAAACACCGCUCCGGAUGCGCGCGUCAUGUCCUGGUGGGAUUACGGCUACCAGAUAGCGGGCAUGGCCAAUCGAACAACGCUCGUGGACAACAACACGUGGAACAACAGCCACAUCGCGCUGGUCGGAAAAGCGAUGUCCUCGCCGGAGGACAAGGCGUACGAGAUCAUGACCUCGCUGGACGUGGACUACGUGCUGGUCAUCUUCGGCGGUGUGAUCGGCUACAGCGGCGACGACAUCAACAAGUUCCUGUGGAUGGUCCGGAUUGCCGAGGGCGAACACCCGAAGGACAUCCGCGAGAGCGACUACUUCACCGACCGGGGCGAGUUCCGGAUCGACGCGGAAGGCGCGCCGGCUCUGCUGAACUGCCUCAUGUACAAGCUGAGCUACUACAAAUUUGGCGAACUCAAGCUGGACUAUAGAGGCCCGGCCGGUUACGACCGCACCCGGAACGCCGUCAUCGGCAACAAGGACUUUGAGCUGACCUACCUGGAGGAGGCGUACACGAGCGAGCACUGGCUGGUGCGCAUCUACCGGGUCAAGAAGCCGCACGAGUUCAACCGGCCGGCGCUCAAGCCGGACGACCGCGUCGUCCCGGCCGGCGACUUUGUGUCGCGCAAGACGUCCAAGCGGAGGAAAGGUCUUAUCAAGAAUCGCCCCGUCGUGGUGAAGGGCAAGCGGAACAAGUAGAGUGUGCGUGCUGCAGCUGAUUCUCCUUCUCCUCCGCCUCCGCCUCCUCCUAGUUCGAUAGAUUUGACGCUCGUCGCGAGGGUGGACAAACUGCUUGCUGAAGAAUACCGUGUACCAAGUGGCGAAGAGAGCGAACUUUGAAUGAAUGUUGUGUGGAAAUGUGUGACGAUUGGAGAAACGCAAAAAGAAGACCUCAGAAGGAGCACUGCGAGAGAGAAAAAAAUAAAAGUUAUUUAGCAAGUUGAGUUUCUUUUCCGUUUUUAGCACGAAUGAUCAGUUAUCCUUUUUUUAACGCUCUUAGUCACUGCGAAUAAACAUGAGUAGAAAACGAGAGUUUGUUUUGCGUUUCCACAGUUUGUCAGGAAGUAACCAAAAAAGAAAAACAAAUGAUGAAAGGUUAACAAAUCAAAUCACGCUGGAGUGUAGAGUACUGUUAAUUAGCACACGGGAAAAGAAUCAAUAAAAAAUAAGAGAAAAAUCAACAGAAAAAGCCAAACUGUGCGUAGGAUCUUACACAAAAAAAAAUCUAUUUCUGCCCUCCACGAAUAAAGUUAAAAUCCUUAUCCUUAGUGAUUACCUAAUGUGAGAGUUAGUUCUAAAAAAGAGUAAACAAAAAACAAAUAAAAACCGAGUAGCUGUUUGACGAUUCAAUAUUUGACUCGAUUCGUUUCCAUUUCUUUUUAGUAAACGAUACGCACUUGACUCUAACGUAUUUUUUCUGUUUUGUUGCGUGGCACACCCUCAAUGUAUGCAUUUAAUCCUCUUCGUCACCCAACUUGUGGAUUGAGAGAAAAGAAAAACACGAUUGAUUUCAAAACCAGGAAGAAGGAACGCGACAAGAGCCUAAACAAAAAGUGGCGAACGUGCCCGUGUGAUUGUGGAAUGAUUAACGUAAAAAAAAUGGGGGAAAAAAUAAACAAUAAAAAUUAAACACGUGCAAGUGUAGCAAGUGGAACAGUUUCAGUGAAAACCAUGAA